ACGAUCUGUAAUCUCACCCGUGGAAUAUUGAGACAUUGUAUACCUUAUACCUUACAUGUCAGAGCCUCCGAAUUGAAGUAAAUGGUUAUAUUCCGGAAAAAGAAGAAUUUGUAUGAAUAGGUUAUGUAUUGUCUCUGGUUAUGUUUAUCAAAGCAAAGGUAUAUAUCGAAAAUGAAUUUGAAUAAACCAGAAUUAGAGGGAACUGCUCAUUUGUUGGACGAACUAGACAAAAAAUUAAUGGUUUUACUUCGAGAUGGAAGAACAUUAAUAGGUUAUUUAAGAAGUGUAGAUCAGUUUGCAAAUUUAGUUUUACAUCAAACUAUUGAACGAAUUCACGUAGGAAAUGAAUAUGGUGACAUCCCAAGAGGAGUAUUCAUUGUUAGAGGCGAAAACGUAGUUUUAUUAGGUGAAAUUGACGCCGAUAAAGAAAGUGAGCUGCCUUUAACAGAGGUAUCAGUAGAUGAUAUAUUAGAUGCUCAAAGGAAGGAGCAAGAAUUAAAACAAGAAAAACAAAAAUUACUCUCUAAGGCUCUAAAAGAAAGAGGAUUGAGACUUAUGCAAGAUUUAACUCAUGAUGAUAUGUUUUAAUCAUCUCCUAUUAUUUUGUUAUUUGUUUUUGUACUUUUCUUAUUUAUUCCUUAGCAUAUAAAAUUACUAAAAAAAUAUGUUUAUAAAUACCUAGCUAAUGUUUUUUUAUGAUACCCUUUUCACAUGAAUAAAUUUUUUUAAAUCAAAUAAUGUUUUGUUUGGCCAACUUUAGUGUGGUAUAACCCUUUAACGAGGCACAAAAACGCAAUCGUUGUGUAGUCUAUUUAGAAACGGCAAGCACACAAAUGUCAAUAAGGUGAUCAACAAGCUAUAAUGUAUCUGUGGAGGAAAGCUGUGGUAUGGCAAACAGUUUUUCAUUGCCCAACAUUUCGGGAACGUGUAAAAUUAGAAUUCCUAGUAAGUUUUUUAAAAGUAAAUGGGCUAAUAUCAAUAAAAUGAAGGGAAGCCAAGAUUGGCAACUUUUGCUAGAAUCUGAUGAAGAAUUUCACUCAAACACUGGGAAUGCAGUAAAGAACACACCCAAUAUACAGAUCUCUGGUGUGAAAAGGUUAAGCAUUCAAAACGGGUUUUCCUUAAAAAAGUGUAAUAAAAG